AUGUUUUCAAUUAACAUUUAUGGCAAAAAUGUUAUCUAUCUAUCUAUCUAUCUAUCUAUCUAUCUAUCUAUCUAUCUAUCUAUCAUUAAAUUUCCCAGAAUAAUUCUGUGGAUAAAACAAAAUGAUAUAAAAAUGACAAUUAAGGAGGCUUAUGAAUUGUUCAUUUUAGUCUGUUCAUAUCUAUGUAUCUAUCUAUCUAUUUAUCUAUCUAAGAAUGUGCUUAUUUCUCUAUGCUUAUCUAUCUAUAGUUUCUGUUCAUAUCUAUGUAUCUAUCUAUCUAUCUAUUUAUCUAUCUAUCUAAGAAUGUGCUUAUUUCUCUAUGCUUAUCUAUCUAUAGCUGUUCAUUUUAGUCUGUUCAUAUCUAUGUAUCUAUCUAUCUAUCUAUUUAUCUAUCUAUCUAAGAAUGUGCUUAUUUCUCUAUGCCUAUCUAUCUAUAGCUUCUGUUCAUAUCUAUGUAUCUAUCUAUCUAUCUAUUUAUCUAUCUAUCUAAGAAUCUAUAGCUGUUCAUUUUUCUGUUCAUAUCUAUGUAUCCUAUCUAUCUAUUUAGCUAUCUAUCAUUUAUCUGUAUCUAUCUAUCUAUCUAUCUAUCUAUUUAUCUAUCUAUCUAAGAAUGUGCUUAGUUUUCUCUGUUCAUAUCUAUCUAUCUAUCUAUUUAUAUCUAUCUGUUUAUUUUUAUGCCUAUCUAUCUAUCUGUUCAUUUUAGUCUGUUCUAUCUAUUCUGUUCAUAUCUAUCUAUCUAUCUAUUUAUCUAUCUAUCUAAGAAUGUGCUUAUUUCUCUAUGCUUAUCUAUCUAUAGCUGUUCAUUUUAGUCUGUUCAUAUCUAUGUAUCUAUCUAUCUAUCUAUCUAUCUUAUGUGCUUAUAUCUAUGCUUAUCUAUCUAUAGUUGUUCAUUUUAGUCUGUUCAUAUCUAUCUAUCUAUCUAUUUAUCUAUCUAUCUAA